AUGUCCAUGUUUACGGGGGCUAAGAACACUGUCAUUUACGGAGGAGAGUUCCACGCACAUUCAUCCUCUUCAGUCGGCUCAAGCAGUCAAGUCUGGCGGGAAGGACUGAGGACCCUGCGCGAGCACGUUGCCCCAGGUGCCGCCCACAAUUCUGCCGAACGCUAUGACCCACCGAAAUGCCACCCACAAACUCGAAAAGCAGUGAUCAGGAAGAUCAUGGACUGGAUACAGGACACCGAUAAGCUCUCUCGUUUCCUGUGGCUGUAUGGCCCUGCCGGUUCAGGCAAGUCAGCUAUCGCACAGACGACCGCGGAGUUGUGCCAGAAAUUGAAGCUUCUGGCCGCCAGCUUCUUCUUUUCCCGGUCUGCUGCUGGACGUAACGACAAGAGCCGCUUCGCCACGACGCUCGCCCACCAGAUCACCAUGUCCAUCCCGGAGCUGAGAGAGUACAUUGGCAACGUGCUCGAUCUCGACCCGAUGAUCGUCUCCUCGUCUCUCGAAACCCAGAUUCAGACCCUUAUUGUCGAUACCUUGAACGAGGUGUGCGAAGACGAGAUUGUGGCUUCGAGGCUUCACCGGCGACCCCGUCUCAUCAUCAUUGAUGGGCUCGAUGAGUGCGUCGACACAAAAUCCCAGCAGGAGAUACUUCGAGUGCUCAGCGCGGCCUCGAAAGAUUCGCCGUAUCCUCUCAUAUUCCUCAUCGCCAGUCGUCCAGAAACUCCUAUCCGAAACACCUUUCGUGACUUCGACCCUUCCGUCGAGACCAUCGUGCUAGAUGAUUCGUGCCGCCCCGACGCUGACAUCAAGAUAUUCUUGGAGUCCCGUUUUGCAGAGAUUAGGAAGAAUCACCCCUCCGGCCCUCAGCUCCCUCAGACAUGGCCAUACGAAGAGCAGAUACAACAGCUUGUCAGGAAGGCCUCGGGCCAAUUUAUCUACGCCUCCACGGUCAUGAAAUUUGUUGACUCUCCCAACCAUCUACCUCAGGACCGCCUAGGAAUCAUUUUCGAGCUCUCGCAACCACGUCACGACAACGAAGAGGAUUCUGAAGUUUUGCCAUUCACCGAACUUGAUACCCUCUACCACCACAUCCUAUCAUCUGUGUACGACAUCGAGAAAGUGCUCGAAAUUCUCAGCCUGCUCACGCUCACGUCAUCUUUUGACUUCCCUCGGUCUCCAAGCAUGAUCGAAAUCCUCUUUUUCUACAAAUAUGGUGAAGUGUACACGGUCCUCGCUGGCAUGCACUCGAUCAUAUACGUCCCUUCACCAGACGGCGAAGAAGGGGAACUUAGACUGCUUCAUGCCUCCCUCAGUGAUUUUCUUCUUGACGAGCAGCGUUCGGUGGAAUUCUUUAUCGACCCCUCGCAGGCACAUAACCGUUUUUCCAGGCACUAUAUUCGACAUCUCAAGGCAUUGCUCGACAACUAUGAGAAUAAAAAAGCUCUCAGCAGACCCCAACAGAUUGCCCGUCGUUUUCUUCUGCGUGAAUGCUCCCAAUCAUCCGCAACCGAAGACCUUCUGCAGGCACUAGCUGGGUUCGAUAUCGAGGCAUUCCUUAAUCUUUGCUCCUCUAUCCCUUACAUGCACCAACAACUAUCAGCCCUCCCCAAUUUUUUUGCCUGGCUGAUGGUCCAGCCUUCGGACAAAUAUGCCGAUGUUAUUGAGCUGUAUGAACAGCGCCUUGCACACUUCUUCUUCAGCAAGUUGGUCCACCGCCCUAUAAACGAUACCCCUGUAGAUCAGCUUCGCGAUGGACAGGCCGAAUCUCUUGCCCUCAGUGCCGACAUAAUAUUCCACCACCCCUCCUUCCUCACGCAAUCGGGCGUCGAACUGGCGGCGCUUGUAAUCUAUGGACAGCUGUUCGAUUAUUUGUGGGGUGAUAUGGGCAACGAUUCUUUUACUGAUUCUCGUCAAGGACCUAUGGUCACCCACAUCAUUCUGGAACAAGCUUUGAGCGCUUGGAGCACGACAUAUUCACCCUUGUUUAGUCGAAUGCUACGUGCCUUUUUUCUCCUUGUUCACCGACGGUAUAUCUCAGAUAGAGAUGAUUUGGUGCUUGGAGUUGCAUGGCAGAUUGUGCAGACAGUAACCCGCCAGGAAAGGAUGCUGAAUGAAGGGCAUUUGAGUCCUGUAAAAAUCAUCGCCAUGCGUUAUCUGGCGGAGCUGCUACUACGCUGCCCGCGCUCUGAUGAAUUCUCUACAGAGUUACGGGACUCUUCGAUGCCAUUUGACGCGAAAUAUCCUAAUCUAUGUUAUUAUCUGGACAUUGCCAUUACUAGCUACUUAGACAAGAAUGGGGUUUCGCGGGCACCAGCGACACCAGAGGUACAACUGUCACCCGCUGUCUCUCAGUACAUAGAUCAUGACCUGUCGCAGAGUGCAUGA